GCGUGAGGACCCGAGCGAUUAGGGGGCUGUGGGCCCGCGGUUUCCUUGGAGACCGAGUUGAAGCUGCCGGAAGUGGAACUGCAGUCGGCGGCAGCAGCGCGGGGGGUGGGGCCAGAGGACGAAGGUGGCCGCUCCGAGGACCAGGACUAGGAUGAAGAUCCUGCUAUGGAGCCGGCGGACGCGGGGGCGGCUGGCGGCUCGCAGGGUGCGCCAGGGCCUCAAGAACCCGGCAUUCUCCCUGGGCGUGAAGGACAAGCAGUUCCUGAUCAAGUGGUGCCUACGCGAAACAUUUCACCCAGAGUCAUAGUACAUGUGGAUCUAGAUUGCUUUUAUGCACAAGUAGAAAUGAUCUCAAAUCCAGAAUUAAAGAACAAACCUUUAGGUGUUCAACAGAAGUGUUUUGUGAUUACUUGCAAUUACGAAGCCAGAAAACUUGGAGUUAAGAAAUGUAUGAAAGUGAAAGAUGCAAAAGAAAAGUGUCCACAGUUGGUAUUAGUUAAUGGAGAAGACUUGACUCGUUAUAGAGAGAUGUCCUAUAAGGUUACAGAAUUGUUGGGAGAGUUUACUCCACUUGUUGAGAGACUUGGAUUUGAUGAAAAUUUUGUGGAUCUAACAGAAAUGGUUGAGAAGCGACUCCAGCUACUACAAACUGAUGAACUUGCUGCUCUGACUGUGUCAGGCCAUGUAUAUAGUAAUAAGUCUGUAAACAUGAAUGAUAUCAUGCACAUCAGACUACUUAUUGGAUCUCAGAUUGCAGCAGAGAUGCGGGAAACCAUGUAUAAUCAGUUGGGACUCACUGGCUGUGCUGGAAUUGCUUCUAAUAAACUGUUGGCAAAAUUAGUUUCUGGUGUCUUUAAACCAAAUCAGCAAACAGUCUUACUACCUGAAAGUUGUCAAGAUCUCAUUCUUGGUUUGAGCCACGUAAAGGAGAUACCUGGUAUUGGCUAUAAAACUGCCAAAUGUCUUGAAGCACUGGGAAUCCAUAGUGUGCAUGAUCUUCAAACUUUUUCAUCCAAAAUAUUAGAAAAGGAAUUAGGAAUUUCAUUUGCUCAGCAUAUACAGAAGCUCAGUUUUGGAGAGGACAAUUCUUCUGUGAUACCCUCAGGACCACCUCAGUCCUUUAGUGAAGAAGAAUCAUUCAAAAAAUGUUCAUCAGAAGGUGAAGCUAAAAAGAAGAUAGAAGAACUACUUGCUAUCCUUUUGAAUAGAGUGUGUAAAGAUGGAAGGAAGCCCCAUACAGUAAGGUUAGCAAUCCGUCGAUUUUCAUCCAAAUACUAUAGUCGUGAGAGUCGGCAGUGCCCUAUUCCAGCCCAUAUAAUUCAGAAGCUGGGAACAGGAAAUAGUGAUGUGAUGACCCCAUUGAUUAAUAUACUAAUGAAACUUUUUCGAAAUAUGGUAAAUGUGAAGAUGCCAUUUCAUCUUACCCUUCUAAGUGUGUGCUUCUGCAACCUUAAAGCACUAAAUACUGCUAAGAAAGGAUGUAUGGAUUACUAUUUAACACCAUCAUUAACAACUUCACACUCUGGCAAGCACAGUUUUAAAAUGAAGGAUACUUACAUGGAAGACUUUUCCAAAGACAAAGAAGCAAACUGUGAUUUUCUAACAACUGGAAGAAUUGAAAGAACAGAAGUAUCUUCCCUAGAUAGUACAAAUUUUUCUAAAGACAAAGACAUCAGUGAAUUCCUACACUAUUCAUUUCCUGAGAAAAUUGACCAAGAAGUCUUUAGGCAGCUUCCAGCAGAUAUUCAAGAAGAAAUCCUUUCUGGAAACUCUAAAGAAAAAGUUCAAGUGAAUGAAAAGUUGAGUUGUUCACGACAGGCUUCCAGAGGACUGUUAUCUUUCUUCUCUACAAAACAAAUGCAGGAUAGUCCCUUAAAUUCUAGAGGUAACUUGUCCAGUUGCAAACAGGUAUCCUCUGUAUCUCCCUGUGAAGCAGGAACAUCAGGCUUAAAUAGCCCACAAGGUUACUCAAAUUAUAUAGUCAACGGAUUAAGCAUGAGUCGGGAACCUAAAGAAUCUCAUGGAUUCCAUUUUCCCAAUACAAACCCUGUUCUCCAUUCAUCUCCUAAUUUGCAGAAUGAGCAACUUUUCUCCAAAAACCACACUACAGAUAGCCACAAACAAACAAAACCAACAGCCUCUCAGCAAGGACUCAAAGAAAGUAGAGAUUUUGCUGAAGAGAAAAUUAGUUUUCCACCUGACAUUGAUCCUCAAGUUUUCUAUGAACUACCAGAAGAGGUACAAAAAGAACUGGUGGAUGAGUGGAAGAGAACUGGAUGAGAUUGCCAUACUGUACAUAAUGAGCGUGUUCAGAAAAAGGUCUAAAAGCUGGAAAGUAUCAGUGGUCUCAGAUUAGCAGCUUCUUAAGCUCUUCUGAAUUAAAUACUAAUGUUCAGUAAUAAAGAAAUCCAAUGUAAAAUGUUCCAGAUAAAUCAAGAAUGGAUAUAAGAAGUAAAUUUCAGCACAAAGCAUAAAUACAUAACAGAAGCAAUAAUGUAUAUGUAUUGUCACAAGUUUUUGUUUGUUUGUUUUUCCUUCCUCCCUGGGACUGUCUUGCUAUGUAGUCCAGGCUAGCUUUGAACUCAAGAUCCUGUUAUCUCAGCCUCCUGAAUGCUAGGAUUACAGGUAUGUACCACCAUGCUUAGUUUAUAGCUAUUUUUAUUGCUUUUCAAUAAAAGGAAUAUUUUUGUCAA